AUGGGAUUCUCCGACGAACAUUCUCUUCCUCUUCUUCUCUUCUUUCUCCACAUGUUAUGCUUCGUGUCAACAGACGAGGCUUCCAACAAGAAGGUUUCAGCCUUGUUAGUGUUUGGUGACUCCACUGUCGACCCUGGAAACAACAACAAUUUAACCACCGUUUUCAAGAGCAAUUUUCGUCCCUAUGGGAGAGACUUUGCAACCCAAAUGCCCACCGGAAGGUUCACUGAUGGACGGCUUACCACUGACUUUGUUGCUUCCUAUGUAGGUGUAAAGGAGAAUCUGCCACCAUAUUUGGACUCUACUCUUAGCAUUGAAGAGAUGAUGACAGGAGUUAGUUUUGCGUCCGGCGGCUCUGGAUAUGAUCCACUUACACCAAGGCUUAGUAAUGUAAUUCCAAUAUCAAAGCAACUGCAGUAUUUUAGAGAGUACAAGGAAAGACUUGAGUCAGCGAAAGGGAAGGAAAUAACAGAACAUCAUAUUAACAAGGCAUUGUUCAUCAUCAGUGCUGGUACAAACGACUUUGUGGUCAACUACUUUAGUGUUCCAAUUAGACGACAGUUCUAUACUGUCUCAACUUACCAUCAAUUCUUGCUUCAGCAGGCUAAAGAGUACAUACAGAGUUUGUGUGACGAGGGCGCUCGAAAGAUAGCGGUGGUCGGGCUACCCCCGAUGGGUUGCUUGCCAGUUGUUGUCACUCUUUAUUCCAACAGAAGUGCCAUUCUCCAACGUGGUUGUGUGGAACAGUAUUCCUCCAUUGCAAGAGAUUACAAUCUAAUGCUUCAAAAUGAAUUGAAGUUGAUGCAGCCAAGCUUAGCAAACAAUGGUGCUAAGGUCUAUUACAUUGACAUAUAUGGACCGCUCAUCGACAUGAUUCAAGACCAAGCAAAAUUUGGUUUUAAUAAUGUCAAUGUCGGAUGUUGUGGGACAGGAUACCUUGAAGCUUCAUUCUUAUGUAAUCCGACGUCGUCUGUGUGCACUGAUCCAUCUAAGUACGUAUUUUGGGACUCCAUACAUCCUACGGGAGAGGCUUAUCACAACCUUUUCAAUGGCAUUCGUUCUACACUAGACCUCAUCAUCAACACUUAA